AUGGCGAAUAUAAUCACGCAGGAUAAUCUCGAUGCUUUUCUUGAUCCGAAUUGGGAGGAUGAGAGUUCGAAUCCACCAACAUCACCACCACCACGGGAAGCGAUUGUUCAAGCGCCUAAGUCGGAAAUGAUGGUUUCGAGGAAGACGACCGAGAAACCACUCCCGCCAUUCCUCACUCCAGGCGCCUCACCCUCAUCCUCAAGCUCACAACUACCCUCCUCUCACGCGUCUUCCCUCAUGAAUCCUAACUCACCUCCCAUCAACCACCCGCACUCCCUCAUCCUAUCCACCUCCACCCACCCAGGUUCCCUCCGCGACUACCUCAUCAACCACGGCGCACUCACUCUCGAACAAAUCAUGCAGCUUACAGCAGAGAAGUUCCCGGUUAUGAGCGAGAAAGAUGUGGUGAGGGUCAUGAACACUGAUAUUGCGAGAGGUUAUUUGAAGAGUGUUUAUUUGAAUGGACGGGGGAUGGGGUGGGGGAGGUUUUUGUGGGUGUGGGUUUAG